AUGAAUCUCAAUCCGGUGUGCGGCUGGGCGAGGUAGUUGGUUGGUUGGCUGGCAUUGGCAAAGCCUCGAAUCCAUCCAUGGAUGCAUUGAUGAUGACGUACUCCUCGUCACUCUGCCCUGCCGCCAUUGAUUGCCUGCGCGCUGGUGGCAUUGAAGACGACGACAAGUGUUUGUGAUGCAGCAGCUGAGGUAGCUGAGAACGUGAGCGUCUUCAACCUCAAGCUCAAGCUCGCCCAUGGCGAGGGCGUGCGUUUCCACUCCUCGCUCACCCACUUCUCCUCCUCUAGCAUAAAAGGCGUGUCAUCUUUAGCCAAGAAAGCAGAGGAGGUAGGAGAGAAACAGAGGAGCCGUCUUGCCCAUGGCGCGGGCGGCCGUUGUCCUCGCCGUCGUCGUGUUCUUGGCGGCCGGCGUGCAGGCUGGGAGCGGCGGCGGCGGAGGAGGGGCGGCGUGGACGGCGCUGGACGGCGUGUGCGGCGACCUGGGCGGAUACUACGUCACCCCGGAGCUCUGCAAGUCAGCGCUCUGCGGCGGCGGCGGCGGCGGGGACACGUCGUCGUCGUCGUCGCCGUGCCGCGCCGCCAGCGGCGCGGGGAAGGUGGCGGCGCUGGCGGCGAGGCUGGCGGCGGCGAACGCGACCGCGGCGAGGGCCAGCGUCGAGGCCGCGUCGCGCGCCCUGGAACAGAAUCCCAGCAGCAGCAGCAACGGCACGGCGGCGGCGGCGGCGGCGGCGAGGAGGCAGGGGAUGCGGUCGUGCCUGCAGCUGUACGCCGGGGCGGUGCCGGCGCUGGAGUGGGCGGCGCGGUCGGUGUCCGCCGGGCGGUACCGCGGCGCGCGGGAGGUGCUCCAGUCGGCGCAGUACGUCUCUCUGGGGUGCGAGGGCAUGGCCGGCGGCGGCGGCGGCGCGGCGGCGCUUCCCCGCGAGAACGAGCGGUUCAGCGUCAUGGCCAUCGUCGCGCACGCCGUCGUCGCCUCCAUGCUGGGACCCUAGCUAAUUAAUUACUCAAUGGCCCUUCGCCUUUGUAAUUAAUUAGUAUUAAUCAGUUGAUUAGGCCACCUGGUUAGAGUUAAUCCGUGCAAUAAUUAAGUUUGUAAGGAGUGUUAAUGCAAGACUAUUUUGCAAAUAGACCCUUGUAUGAAAAAAGAUUCUCGCAAAUGGGCCCUCAAAACCAUGGGCCCAACUA